AGAACGUGGUGGGCGUUUAAGAAAGUCCCCGGAUGCAGUUGUGAUUGACUGUACACUGCUAAAGAGUUUCGCUCUAGUCGAGAGGUGCGUCUGCAGCCCGUGUGGUAGGUCGGUGUUAGGAAGGCAGCAGGACAGGAGACAGAAUGCAGAACGUAAAGUGUGUAGUGGUGGGGGACGGUGCCGUGGGUAAAACAUGCCUCCUCAUCUCCUACACCACCAACGCUUUCCCUGAGGAGUACAUCCCCACCGUGUUCGACAACUACAGCGCCCAGAUGACGGUGGACGGCCGCGUCAUCAGCCUCAACCUGUGGGACACAGCCGGACAAGAGGAGUACGACCGCCUCCGCACUCUGUCCUACCCCCAAUCCAACGUCUUCGUCAUCUGUUUCUCCAUCGGGAGUCCUUCCUCCCAUGCCAACGUCCGCCACAAGUGGCACCCGGAGGUGUCUCACCACUGCCCCAGCGUGCCCAUCCUCCUAGUGGGGACCAAGAGGGACCUGAGGAGUGAUGGGGAGACGGUGAAGAAGCUGAAGGAGCAGGGUUUAGCUCCCACCACACAGCAACAGGGGAACAGCAUGGCUAAGCAGAUAGGAGCAGUGAAGUACAUGGAGUGCUCUGCUCUGACGCAGGAAGGGGUCAGGGAAGUGUUCAGCGAGGCAGUACGGGCCGUGUUGUAUCCCGUUACCAAAAAGAAUGCCAAGAAGUGUGUACUGUUGUAAUGGAGGGACACAGAUGGGGAGAAGGAGGGAGAGACAAUGACGGCGCAAGGUUGAGUUUGUUGGAGGAGAUGGACUCAGCUGCCUCUCGGCCCCCUCUGCCUCUCGGCCCCCUCUGCCUCUCGGCCCCCUCUGCAUCUCGGCCCCUUUGCCUUUAAAGACUCUUGAUUCAGCUCACUUCUCUCCUUCCUCCAGCCCCUCAAAAUCAAAUCUGGAACUCACUCAGUUCCACUGCUUUUCCCCCUAAUUCCCCUCUAAUCAGGGACUGAUUUAGACCUGGGACACCAGGUGGGUGAUUCCCCUCUAUUCAGGGACUGAUUUAGACCUGGGACACCAGGUGGGUGAUUCCCCUCUAAUCAGGGACUGAUUUAGACCUGGGACACCAGGUGGGUGAUUCCCCUCUAAUCAGGGACUGAUUUAGACCUGGGACACCAGGUGGGUGACUCCCCUCUAAUCAGGGACUGAUUUAGACCUGGGACACUUGGUGUGUGCAAUUAAUUACAAGGUAGAACAGAACCAGUUGUUCAGACCUUUGUAGUACACUGGCUCUAUUCCUUGUCCUCAGAGUUUAAUCCACUUCUAAUUCUAUCAUCACCAAGUUGACUAUACCAACAGGGUGCAGAUAGCCUCACUCCUCCCAGUCCGCUCAAACCUGUGUUAGUGUUACCACUUGAUUUUUUUUGUUGUUUUUUUGUUGCAAUGUUCGAAAGAUGCUUCUGCGUAAAUAAUCGGUCUGUUUUGUUUCGUAUGAUCCCUUGCCAUUAAGAUGUUUCUUAAUAUGCCAUGUUGGCUGAUAGAGCUGGAGAGAUGAGCUCUGCCUUAGUAAGAGGUUAAUCAUUACCUCAUUCACAGCCUCUCCAGUUGAUUAUUCAGGCUAUCCAUCUGUCUAUCUAUCUGACUGUUGAAAACACACCUGGAAAUAGCCUAUACGUUUUGGGAAUCUUGUUCUGUACAGUUCUCUGCUUUAGCUAGGUGUCCAGUUUACCUUCUUAAUGUCCCUUCAAAUGGAUAUUAGCCUAAUCCAAGUAUGAUGCAAGGGCCAAAGCAAUGGGUUUGUGUGCAGACAUUUUAAAAUGAAUGAAUGGAUUGGUUGGAUGAAUGUUGUGAGUUUGUAUGAUUUAAUGCUGACGGGAAUGGUGGAAUGACGGAUAUAUCAGAUUGUCGGUUCUAGUUAUUUAUGCCAAUUACAUUUUAAUGUGCCUUAUUGUAAGAUAUCUGACGUUUAUUGUAUCUACCUUAUUGAUUAUUUGCUUUAGAUGCCAAAACUGUUGGGUAGCUGUGUGUUUGUGUGAGAGAUACUAGAGUUGAUUAAACUCCACGUUACAUCCUCUCAGAAGAACCAAAGCUUUAAAUGAAACCAAAGCUUCUUUAUCAAAGUUCCAUGAAACCACUUUUUGACAUUACACAAUGUUUCUCCCCUCGGUCUACUCUAAGACGGAUGUAGCCCCACAACUGACAUCAGAGAAGUGUUGUGAGUGUUGUGGUGUGAACUUGUGUUCACAGCCCUUAGCGUUUGCCUCUAGAAUGCUACAACCUAUAUGAGGCUGGGGUUUGAUUACUGGCUGUGAUAACUGACAAUAACUACAACAGGAAAUAGGGCUAAGAUUGCACAUUUAUUUUGGCAUAUUUUUUCCCGCAUUUUAUUAAGUAAAUGAAACGUGGGCAGUAUAGUCUGGACAUUUGAUAGGGUAUCAUGUACAGGGUCAGACCUAUUUACAUGUGCUUCACAAAUGGUACCCUACUGCCUUUUUAGUGCAUCAAGUAAUAGGGUACCAUUUGUGACUCACUCAGAGUAUUAAAGAAUAAAACCAAGAGAGCAAUUAAAACUCAUUCCUAUUUUAUAUAAUCUUUAAAAACAAAUCUAUAUAUUCAGGUGUUCAGCUGGUAUUUUGAAUAUAAACGUAACAGUAACCAAUCAUGGGAAUUCACUCCUAGGGAGGGAGAGAGAUGCAAAUUAUUGUUUGAGAAAAAAAUCUGUGUGUGGUAGAAACAUACCACUCCACCUCAAGUUCACUUCUUAUUCUGUCAUGUGGAGAUCCUUCAGGGCUUCGUGGAAACAGAUGUUGGUUGAACAUAUUGCUGAGACUGUGUUUAGAGUGUUUAAGAGAAUGAAAGCAUGUCUGUCAGUGUAAAUGCUAUGGGUUGCUUGUUGUGCUACCGUGUCCUGAUAUUUACUCUGUCUAAACAGAACACACACCUGUGGCUUUUUUGUCUGCGGUCUUACAGCUAGCUGUGUGUGUGUGUAGGCCAGUGUUUUCAGAACUCCUGCGGCCCCCAAGGGGUUCAUGUUUGGUUUUUGCCCAACCUCAAAGCUUGAUGAUUUUUGAAUCAGCUGUGUAGUGCUAGGGCAAAAACCCAAAUGUCCACCUCUUGGGGUCCCCGGGACCGAGUUUGGGAAAUAAUGGUGUAGGCUGGUGUGUACGUGUGGGGUACUCUAUAAUACACUGGGAACUUGAUUUGUUUGUAGAAUUUUUGUAAUUUCAUAUAUUCUGAUCAAAAAUAUAAAUGCAUUAUGUAACAAUUUUUUGGAUUACACUGAGGUACAAUUCAUAUAAGGAAAUCAGUCCAUUUAAAUGAAUUAAUUAGGCCCUAAUAUAUGGAUUUCACAUGACUGGGAAUACAGAUAUGCAUUUGUUGGUCAAAGAUAUCAUAAAAAAAUUGUUUCACGCUAUCUCUAUGCAUUCAAAUUCAAUAAAAGGUAAUUGUGUUCGUUGUCUGUAGCUAAUGCCUGCCCAUACCGUAACCCUACCGCCACCAUGGGGCACUCUGUUCACAAUGUUGACAUCAGCAAACCGUUGACCCACACGACGCCAUACACGUGGUCUGCGGUUGUGAGGCCGGUUGGACGUACUGCUAUAUUCUCUAAAAUGACUUUGGAAGUGGCUUAUGGUAGAGAAAUGUAAACAUUUCAUUCUAUGGCAACAGCUCUGGUGGACAUUCCUGCAGUCACCAUGGCAAUUGAAACUUCCUUUAAACAUGAGACAUCUGUGGAAUAGUGUUGUGAAAAAACUGCACAUUUUAGAGUAGCCUUUUAUUGCCCCCAGCACAAGGUGCACCUUUGUAAUGAUCAUGCUGUUUAAUCAGCUUCUUGAUAGGUCACACCUGUCAGGUGGAUAUGAGAAAUGCUCACUAACAGGGAUGUAAACACAUUUGUGCACAACAUUUGGGAGAAAUAUGCUUUUUGGGAUCUUUUAUUUCAGCUCAUGAAACGUGGGACCAACACUUUACAUGGUGUGUUUAUAUUUUUGAUCAUUGUAUAUCAAAAGUCUUUUUGUAUAAAUUAACAAUGAAAUGAUUUUAAACUAUGCUAAAUAAAAUUGUUAUAGUUAAA